AUGGCGGUUCCCAAACUGGUGGUGUUUGACCUAGACGCCUGUUGCUGGUAUCCCGAGAUGUACAUGCUGCGACGAGGUGCCCCCUUUCGCCCUACAGCAGAUCCCAACGUGCUGCAAAGCUCAGGAAAGGAGGCAGUCCGGUUGCUUGGCAACGUGCGCAACAUUUGGAAGGAGCUUCACAGCGACGAAAGAUUCGCUGGCACGCGGGUGGGUGUGGCAUCACGCUGCGAUGAACCUGCUUGGGGCAGAGAAUGUCUGCAGAAAUUCAUGGUUCAGGAGGGUGUGUCCAUGUGGGACGUGGCUGAAGACGGGCAACUGGUGGAAAUCUACAAAAGCAGUAAACAGCAGCACUUCAAGAGGCUUUCGGAAAAGACGGGCAUUGCCUUUGAGGACAUGCUCUUCUUUGACGAUGAUCCCUACAACAUUCAGGACGUGUCACGGCUGGGCGUCACCUGUGUGGAGACGCCGGAGGGGGUCACAAAAGAAGCCUGGGAGGAAGGUGCGCCCAUGGUGCGCCGGACUGGUCCGGACCAUCGUCUCCAGGUGCGAGCGACGCGCAGACGAGGGGAGAAAAAAAAAGCGCUGACGGCGGCGCUGACGGCGUAA